AUGAAAACUUCAUCAAUUACCACCAUGCUUAAAACAAUUUCAAAACGUGCAGUGUCAAGAAUCUCUCCAAGAUUCGUUCGUCCCUUUCAUAAUCAAUUCCGUUUACUCCAGGAUGUAAACUUCCAUCUCAAAGACACAAUUGGUUCGGAUGACCCUGCCGAAGCGGCAGAUGCUGCAGCUACAAUACUAGCCCAAGUCCGUGAUUCCCAAACAAACCCAAACAAAUCAACUUGGAUAGAUGCUCUUAGAGAACGUGAAAAACAAUUAUCCGAAGGGAAAGUUAUUGAUUCAUUUGCUUAUGUUGACCCCAAAACUACUGAAGUUUCAGAUAAGACUCGUGAUGAUUCUUUUACAUAUUUGAGUUUACCUUUCAAAGAAGAUCAGUGGUUAUGUGAUGCUUAUAUUAAUGCUCAGGGGAGAUUACGUGCCGGACAAAUGUUUCAAGAUUUAGAUGCCCUUGCUGGUAGAAUUGCUUAUAGACAUUGUGCCCCUGCUGAACCAGUUAAUGUGACUGCAAGUGUUGAUAGAAUCUAUAUGGUUAAAAAAGUGGAUGAGAUUGUUAAUUAUAAUUUCGUACUUGCUGGUAGUUGUACUUGGACAGGUAGAUCAUCAAUGGAAAUCACAGUAAGGGGGUAUGCAUUUGAAGAUAAAAUCCCGGAAAAUAUCACUCGACAAUCCUUACCUAAUUCAAAAGUAUUCUUAACUGCCAAUUUCACCUUCGUUGCUCGUAAUCCAAUCACCCAUAGAGCAUUCGCCAUUAAUAGACUCUUACCCAUCACACCCGAAGAUUGGAUUGAUUAUCGUAGGGCAGAAUCUCAUAAUGCGAAGAAGAAACUCUCCGCCAAAAACCAAUCCCUUCUUGAACCAACCCCAGAAGAAUCAAGCUUGAUUUAUGACAUGUGGAAAUCAUCCCUGGGAUUAGUCUCCAACAACGUCACCCUCCCAUCAGGAAUCGCCCUUAUGAAGGAUACAGAAGUCACAUCCACUUGUUUUAUGCAACCACAAUACCGUAAUCGUCAUUCAUACAUGAUCUUUGGGGGAUAUUUAAUGAGACAAUCGUUCGAAUUAGCCUAUUGUUGUGCUGCAUCCUUCUCAUCUGCCGGGCCAAGAUUCGUUUCAUUAGAUUCUACCACUUUUAAAGCCCCAGUACCUGUUGGAAGUGUUUGUUCAAUGGUUGCUAGUGUUUCAUAUACUGAACAUCUUCAUGAUUUUAAAUCUGAUGGUGUUGCUGAACAUGAUGUUGACGCUCCUUUUAAUUUCGAUUUACCUGCCACCAACACGAUUUCUGAGAAUCCGGAUGCUUUUCUCUCUGAACCGGGGACUUUGAUACAAGUUAAAGUAGAUACUUUUAUUCAAACCUUGGAAAGUAAGGAAAAGAAAGAAAGUGGAACUUUUAUUUAUAGUUUCUUUGUGCCUAGAGAUAGUGUUUCUUCGAAUGGUAAGGCGGCUUAUUGUUCGGUUAUACCUCAGACAUAUACGGAAAUGAUGGAAUAUAUUGCAGGAAGAAGAAGAGCUGAGGAUACUGCUAAUUAUGUUAAGAUGUUACCAAAUCCAAGUAAGUAA